AUGCAGACUGCCAGAGAGAGGGGAGCUGAUAUACUGCUUUUCAGUGAGCAGUAUAGGAAGCCAGAAUCCUCUGUCUGGUUUGAGGAUGCAUCAAAGGGAUCAGGUAUUCAAAUAUGUAACCCGGACAUCGCCAUCGGUGACUUUCUGGAGACCGAUAGGGGGUUCGUUUGGAUAGAGGUGGCCGAGGUACGUGUUUACAGCUGCUACUUCUCUCCAAAUGAUCCCCUCAAAAAGUUCGAGGCCGAGGUUCAGGCUUUUGAAGAAAGCAUUAAAGCUUUCGGCGGGGAUGUCCUCAUUGCGGGAGACUUUAAUAGUAAGUCGCCGGAAUGGGGGGAGACCCGUUUAGACAAGAGGGGAACCUUGGUGUCGGACAUGGUUGCAGCAAACGACUUGGUGGUGAUGAACCGGGGACGAGAGUUCACGUUCAGACGCGGGGUAUCAGGGUCCAUCAUUGAUUUGACAAUUGCGUCGCCCCGCGUGGCCCGUAGAUUCGCGCGGUGGAAGGUGCUGGACGAAACGACUAUGAGUGACCACCAGUACAUAGAGUUUAUAGUCGCUGAGAAAAAUCCGAGAGGGAACAUUAGGCCGCAUAUUGGUCACAAGAGUCCCUCCUGGAAUCUCAGACGGCUAAAUAGGGAGAAGUUGGUGGAGUCACUAGCCGAUGCUCGGGCUAUACACGAGUUAGGCUAG